ACCUGAGGUGAGCGGGUCCAGCAGUCUGGUCUCUGAAGGUUCUGGAGGAUCCAGGAAGCUCGUGGAUCCGGAUCUCUGGAGGGAACCAGGAGAUUCCUGCGGAUCCGACAAGCUGCUGCUGCAAACGGGAAGCUUGUCGGAUCCGAGGAGACGCCAAAGUUCUGUCAGAUGUUCUGACCAUUCAGAACCGGUUCUGUAGACCAACAUCCGCUUCACUGAUCUGGAGCUGGAGGAAUGCAACUAGUAAUUAGUUACUUGGUUAAGGUGUAAUUAAGUACAUUUUACCUGAACUUUGAGACGUUUACGUGAACAUGAGUUUUUUUCUGAGUGAAAUAUUUUAUUGUUACAUUUGAUGGGAUGAAAACUGCAGGAAACCUUUUAAACUGCACAAAAAUUCAUUUGCUAUAAUUUUUAUUCCACUUAGAAGCUCUAAAGUUUGAGAUCAAUAUGUUUCCUUUGUUAAAUCUAAAAACUUUCUGCUCAUCAAACAGCAACUUACGUUUAAAUUUCAGUAAUAUUUUGCACUGUUAACAUUCCGUGUAGAAGUAUUUUCUUUUUCAAAGUAAUUGUACUUUUAGAUUAUUUCUGAAGCUGCAGAUUCUCCGAUGAAUCAUCAAUCAGCUGUUAUUCUCCUUCCGGUCCACCAGGCGGCGCUGCUGCACCGAAACGGCUCAUGUCAGAAGAAGACAGUCAGUCCAAAGUCUGAUCUGCCUGUUUGGAUUCAGAACUUUCUGGGAUUCCUGGUGGACCGAAGCAGCGCUAUGAACAGGCUGAAGCUCAUCUCCGGACACCUGAGUCCCGGCGGCUCCGCGGCGCCGCUGCCCGACCUACGGAGCUCCGACUGCGGCUGCGCGGCGCCCAGCCCCGAGGACGAGGUGGUGGUGGUCCACGGCCGGAGGACCGCGAUCGGAAAGGCCAAGAAAGGAAGUUUUAAGGACACCACGCCGGACGAGCUGCUGAGCGCCGUGAUGACGGCCGUCCUGGAGGACGUGGGACUGUCCCCGGACCAGCUGGGGGACGUCUGUGUGGGAAACGUUCUGCAGCCUGGAGCCGGAGCGCUGAUGGCCCGAGUGGCUCACUUCCUCAGCGGUUUUCCAGAGAAGGUUCCGGUUUACACGGUGAACAGGCAAUGUUCCUCUGGCCUGCAGGCGCUGCUCAACAUCGCAGGAUCCAUCCGGAGCGGAUCCAUCCAGCUGGGCCUGGCCUGCGGAGUGGAGAGCAUGUCGCUCCGAUCCAUGGGGGAUCCAGGAGAUCUGAGCUCCGGACUGUCGGCCAACGCCAAGGCGAGGGACUGCCUGAUCCCCAUGGGCGUGACGUCGGAGAACGUCGCUGAGCGGUUCCGAGUUUCCCGGCAGCAGCAGGACGCCUUCGCUCUCGACUCGCAGAUCAAGGCGGCCCGGGCCCGGGACUCGGGGCGGUUCGACCAGGAGAUCGUUCCCGUCUCCGUCACGGUCCGGGACGAGUCGGGCCGGGAGCGGCGGCUGGAGGUCCGGAAGGACGAGGGAAUCCGGGCGGGAACGACCCUGGAGGACCUGGCCCGGCUCCGACCCGCCUUCAAACCCGACGGAACCACCACGGCAGGAAACUCCAGCCAGGUGAGCGACGGGGCGGCGGCGGUUCUGCUGGGCCGCCGGGCCGCCGUGGAGGAACUGGGUCUGCCGGUUCUGGGCGUGCUGCGGGGCAGCGCCGUGGUCGGCGUCCCGCCGCACCUGAUGGGCGUCGGCCCGGCGCUGGCCAUCCCUGCCGCGCUGCAGCAGGCAGGCCUGAAAGUGAACGACAUCGACGUGUUCGAGAUCAACGAGGCGUUCGCCAGCCAGACUGAUUGUCCCUCCAGGCUGAUUGUCCUCCAGGCUGAUUGUCCCUCCAGGCUGAUUGACCUCCAGACUGAUUGUCCUCCAGACUGA